CCCAGUUCUUUGGCCAAUGGCUGCACACAGCGCCUCCCCACAGCUCCUGAUAGGCAGGCGCUCGGUCACAGGGCUCCGCCCCCAGGGCAUGCUUAAAAGGCAGCGGGGAGCCGCUUGCCUGUGCAACCAUGAGCAGCAGUGCACCCAGCGAUCUGAGCCCUGCUGAGGGACCAGAAGAGAGGCGCUUUCUCAGCACCGCGGAGGCGGCAGCCCUGGAGCGGGAGCUGCUGGACGAGUACCGCUUUGGGCGGCAGCAGCUGGUGGAACUAUGCGGGCACGCCAGUGCGGUGGCUGUGACCAAGGCGUUCCCCUUGCCCUCGCUCUCGCGCAAGCAGAGGACGGUGCUGGUCGUGUGCGGCCCGGAGCAGAAUGGCGCGGUGGGGUUGGCGUGUGCCCGGCACUUGCGGGUGUUCGAAUACCAGCCCAGCAUCUUCUGCCCGGCGCGAUCGGCCGACGCCCUGCACCGCGACCUGACCACGCAGUGCGAGAAGAUGGACAUCCCCUUCCUGUCCUUCCUGCCCGCCGAGGUGCGACUUAUUGACGACGCGUACGGGCUGGUGGUGGACGCUGUGCUUGGCUUUGGAGUGCGGCAGGUGGAGGCGGGCGGGCCCUGCGCGCGCGCGCUGGCCACGCUGAAGCGGCUCUCCAUCCCGCUCGUGAGCCUGGACGUCCCUUCAGGCUGGGACGCCGAGGCUGGCGACGACGCGAAGGAUGCGGUGCAGCCCGAGGUGCUGGUGUCCUUCGCGGCGCCCAAGAGCUGCUCCAGCCGCUUCUCCGGGCGCCACCACUUUGUGGCCGGCAGGUUCGUGCCUGAAGACGUGCGCCGCAAGUUUGGCUUGCACCUGCCAAAAUAUACCGGCACCGACUGCGUAGCCCCGCUAUGACCCGCACGCGCUGGGACCCGAAAUAAUAAACAUCUC